AGUGGUGGAAAGACCAACAAGGGACAGUACGCCAAUUUUGUCUGUAGCCUGGAAGGUGGAAAUCUCAUCUCCACGCCUCCAGUGGUCAAUCUCUACAGGAAAUUUGGCAGUGGAAAUUAUACACAAGAAAACAUAUUACAAAGUGGAAAUGGAGUCCCCCCGAAUGAAAAGUUUCUAUUUCUCGUGCGUGAUGUGAAAGUUGGAGAAUUGUUUGUCUGCUCUCUCUCUGAUGUGAACAACUUCUUUAGUGACACUAUGACUACCGAUGGGGAAUUUACCCAGCCAGAACUCCCUAGUGCACCCGUCGUGAGCGGAGCAACCAAUGACUCAAUUACUCUGAUGUGGGAUGCCUGGGAUGCAUCAACAGAUAUAGGUGAUCCUCCUCUCACCGGGUACCGUGUCUACUACAUGCUGAACAACUCACGAGAAGAAGAGCAAGAGGUUAGGAGGUAUGACCGCCUAGCACCAUCUGAAACAGUGACUGGUCUAAGUCCAUAUACGGCCUACAUGUUUUGUGUAUCAGCAUUUAGACCCGGAGUAGGAGGCAGUGGAAGCCGAAUGGAGGUAGAAGGGACCACCCAAUGUUCACCUCCUAGUCGAGGACCGUCAUCCGUGUACGUCACUAAGGGGACUAGACCUGGAGAAAUAUUGGUAUCUUGGGAGAAUCCUCCAUCCAAUGCUUUUAACUGUGUCAGUGGAGUGGGAGGAAUCCGCAUCUACUUCACUCGGUAUGACAUCCAGUCUGGGAUCUCAAAGAGGGCGGCUGACCCCAUUGAGAACUCCAUCGAUAUUCCGUUUGACACCUCCACGACUGAACACACCCUGACCCUUGAACCGUACUCCCAGUAUCUCAUCCAGGUUGUAGUCUACAAUAAAGACUCUGAGACGCCAAGAGGAGAGGGCUUUACACAGAUCACAGAGGAAAUGCUUGCCCCUGCGCCCACUGUAAGUGUUGAAGCGACCUCUGAAACUGUAACUGUGCGCUGGGAUGCUGCUAGCCCUGCUCACCUCAAUGGAGAUGUACAGGGAUACCAACUAAGAUACACCCAGACAAAACCAGAACCACUUGAUCCAGUAAUUGUUGAUGUUAUGGGUAACAAGUAUGAGAUUACCGACGGAGUGACAGGAGACAGUGAAUUUGAAAUUGAGGUCCGAGUUUUGAAUGGAGCUGGAUACGGUAAAUGGUCACCUUUAAUGACUUCCCCAUUGACAGGUAAAAAAAAGAAAUUAUUGAUACAAAAUGUGAAAUGGUCAGAACGAGUCUCUUGGUGAGUACAUACAAAUAUUCAUUUGGAAAUAUACAACCGUGCCCUAAAAUUGACAUUUUGUAGGCAUUUUGUUUACGUUAGAAUAGCUGUGGUAUGAUACAGACAUACAUAUAUAAUAGGUUCUUACUUUAUAGCAGGCCAGGGGUAACGAACCUUCGGAAAUAUAAACCUUCGGGGUAACGAACCUUGGGAAUAUGAACCUUCGGAGUAACGAACCUUCGGAAAUAUGAACCUUCGGGGUAACGAACCUUCAGAAAUACGAACCUUCGGGGUAACGAACCUUCAGAAAUAUGAAUCUUCGGGGUAACGAACCUUCGGAAAUAUGAACCUUCGGGGUAACGAACCUUCAGAAUUAUGCACCUGUGGGGUAACGAACCUUCGGAAAUAUGAACCUUCGGGGUAACGAAUCUUCGGGGUAAUGAACCUUCGGAAAUACGAACCUUCGGGGUAACGAACCUUUGGAAUUAUGCACCUUCGAGGUAACAAACUUUGAGAAGUAUAAGCCUUCGGUGGUAACAAACCUUCAAAAGUAUUUACCUUCGGGGUAACGGUCAAUGGUGUUGGUUUAGUGAAUGGUCUACCACAAAACCGUUAGAAGCUCUAGGUAAUCUGAUAUAAUAGUUUUUCUUUUCAGUUAUUUUGUUGUCGUUCAUAAUAAUUUCCAGUACUGCUUGAUGGUAAGGUUGUCAUAUUUUUGUUCUUUAUGCAAUAUUUAUGAUUUAACAUAAUUCUCUUCUAAAUGUUCUGAUGUAUCCUUUCGAAUAUUCACUUGUUUGUUGUUUCCAUUAUCUUGUAUUUUCUAGGUGAUGAGUCUAGAUAUUCUCUUAGAGCUCUACUUGUUACUGCUCUCAUCCCAUCAAUUGUUAUUCUUCUUAUCUGUGUUAUCUGUAUCAUCCUGAUUGUGGGUUUUUUCAGAAGACGACAACCUGGUAAAGGAGAGAGUGAAAAGAGCACACAUGAUGAUUCGCAAUCGCCAGAAACUGCAAAUACCUAUCAGGAUCUGUAUGAACGAGUCAGCAAUGAAGGCACUGAUUACCAAGAAAUUGAGUUAACAUCGGUACCACAGGGUGAUACAGAUUAUAUCAAUAUUUAAGAGGGUCCUCGAGGAAGGAAGAAUAUUUUGAAAUCGAUUGAGAAUGCUGACUGCUAAAUCUGUCCGCAUUAUGAAUGACAUGGGACGUUGUUAACUUCUGAAAGGAGGCGAAAGGGGGGCAAACCUACUAGGCUCUACCCCUUCCUUAAGAAAUAUAAUGUGUGCGAGCAAUAACAUUUAAAUAAAUAUAACAUUUAGUUCUUUUAGAUUAUUACAUAUUACUUACUAGUUCUUAAAUAUGAUUACAUAUGUCAAUUUCUUUCUUUUUUGCUGAUUUUUUUGGGGGAGGGGAGUAUGUAAAACUUCGACGCAAUAUUGUCAGUUUUGUCACGCUUGUGAUAUUGUUUUUAAUUGCAUUAUUCAUACACAUUAAGGUAUACAAAAUGAGGAACAAUAUAUGAGAAGAUUGCAAGACCUUGGUACGGAGCAUUCUUCUACUAAAGUUAUCUUUACUAUCAUUAAUGUUGGCAAAUGUCUCUCUUUCGUAAAAUGUGACCAACGACCCCCCCCCCCCUCCCCUCACCCCCAAAAGAAUAAAAACAGUGAUUAACAAACUUUGUAUUACGAUCACAAGGACUUUCGUAUUACCUGUGUGAAUUUGAAAAUGACACUGACGUCAUGCUUGAAUUCUGAUGAGUUGAGGUUUUAAAGUCGUUGCGAUCGUGUCAUGUAAACAGCAGCAACAAAAUCUAAGAUUUUUUUUUAAGUUUUCAUGUGGAUAAGGUUAUACUCCAUACAGCACAGUCACUAGAAUGUAUCAAUAAUAGUAACUUGUGCAAGUAGUAAGCGUUGUAAAUGCGUAGUAUGAUUAGUGAUAAGAGUACUUAUUCCAAUCAUAUCAUUCAAGGGUAUCAUAGAAUUUUUGAAGAAAAUUUAUCUGAUGAUUCUGAUCUCUUUAAUCGAUAAUUGAUAUUUUAUUACUUGCGUAUAUAAUGUGACGAUAAUUGUUAACAUACGUUUAUCUACUUGAUGAAAAUCGUUUUGUAUAUGAGUUUAAUGAGUUGUAUAUAUAAACAUCGUUAUGACAUCAGAAGUUGCAAUGAAAUUAAUAUCACCUUUUGUAGAUGGCUAUUUGCUGUUAAUCGUUGGAAACGAUGAAAUAUAUAUUAUUUAGGAGGCCUUUGUUUCCGUAUUUCUAUCAAAUUGUCUAAAUUGAGGACUAUGGAAAUGAUGGUCCAAUUCACCACAACCCCGAAUAAGUUUAACCUUCCCAUAUUGCAUCAACAGUUUAACAGGAAGUAUGAAUAACUCAGCAUUGUUGCCAGGAUAGACAGAUAAUGAAUUCGAAUUAUUUGAAUUUCUUUAAAAAAAAAAUUAAAGACAGUUGUCCUGAAUUUAAAAUAGGUGAAAACAUUUUGCGGCCUUUCACCAAAAGAUAAAAAAUAAAUGAAUGUUAACGUAAUGACUUUCUCCAUCUCUCUCUCUCUCUCUCUGUGUCUGUCUCUCUCUCUCUCUCUCUCUCUUCUCCCUCUCCAUGUAUGUAAUGUACAUCAAUUAUAGAUCACAGCAAAUAUUUGUGUUCAAUAUUUACCUUUUUGCUUUUAUAGAGUAAAAUACGAGGAAUAUAAAUUUUGUCAGUCAUUAUAUAUAUUAUGUCCUUACAAUCAAGGAAUCCAGCGACUUUAGCAAAGUAAUGUUUAUCAAAUCAUUUAGGUCCAAGUGUAACAACUAACAUGUCGAUGACACUUAGGUAUUGGACAAAACUUAUGUAAAAAUUAUGCAUUUCAUACAGAAGCGUUAUUGCCAGAAUAACAGGAUGUGUGUGUGUGUGUGUGUGUGUGUGUGCGCGCGCGCGC